ACAACCCAGCCAGCUGUUGUUCUCUAUUUUGUUUUAGGUUAUAAAAGGGAGGAAUUUUACAUAAAAAGUUAAAUAAAUCUCUAUAAUUAUUAGUUUUCGUGUUCUAAAUAUGUUCAUUUAAAUUACUUAUUCUUUUGUUUCAAAAAUUUAGUCAUACAUCUAUAACUAUGGCGAACUCUUUACUAACGAAGAUGGGAGCCUUGCGGCUCACCCCAGCCGCAGUAUUUACACAAGCGGUCCGCACCACCCAAGCCAAGCAUUAUGAUCCCAAGUUUAAGAAGCUACGAGCCAAAAAGUUUGUAAAGGUGAAGCUACCUGACUUCAAUGAAGACUUUGAUACACUUUCGAAAGAAAAGUUGAGGCAAAAAAUGAAGGAAAGAGGAGUUCUACCACCCAGGCCGUGGAUGGAACGUCCAUUCUAUAUUUCAGCUACAGGUGGAGUCUUUGAACCAUACGUACCACCAGAGGGUGACGGCAAAGCAUCCAUCGUCUCUGCAUCACGUGCCAAACAAACCGUUGAGCUACUUGAGAAAAAAUCCAAAUCAAUGAUGGCAAUACGUAAAGUUAAAUCAUUUGAAGAAGAUUUUGACUCAAAAAAGUUUGCUAGCAUCGCACAGGAUAUCUACAUCAAAGCUCAUGAGGCUUUAGCUAAUCACGAUAAGAGGGAGCUACGAUUGCAUGUGACGGAGAAGGCAUACCCGGAGUUUAUGCAUAAUUCGUUGCGUAAGACUAUUCGGUGGAAAUUCCUGGAUUCCCUGGAGCCACCUAGAGUGGUCCAUGCUCGUUGUACUGAUGUCAUCAGCAAGGAAAACAUCUUUGGGCAGGUGACAGUCCGUUUCCACACCCGCCAGCAGUUAGCCGUCUACGACCGUUUCGGGCGCCUCAUCCACGGCAGCGAGAUCUUAGCCAAAGACGUCCUAGAGUAUGUGGUCUUCGAGAAACACCUCUCCAACAUGUAUGGAACUUGGCGCGUACACGACAAGAUUAUUCCCGACUGGGCGCCGCCGAAAGAUCCUUCCAAGUUGACCAGAAUCCAGCCGGAACCAGAACCGGUGCCGCUGGUGACUGAUGGGAAAACGGAGACUCCUGCGAUAGCUGAUAAGUGAUUGUAUAUGUAUUUAGAUGAAUAAAUAGUUUUAUUAAUAGUU